AUGAGAGCAUUGCGUGGAUGCCAUUGCUUCGCCCCUAAUCCUCCUCGUGUCAUUUCCCCUACCCAUUUAUCGUCUUGUGAGCUCGCUACUUCCUCAGUGCCAGAUGCUGCUGCUGGUUGCGGUGUCCUGUCUCAUGGCGAGACUAUAACUCGAGAUAAGGCAUCAGGAGGGUCUACCCCUCUUAUUAUAGAAGACCCCAAGACAGUGGUUGAAGAUCUAGCCUUCACGGCGGUGUCUCCUACUGUCAAGUCUGGGAAAGAUUUUGACUCUAACAGGAAAGGAAUUUCCUCUGUUCCAAUGGAGAUACUAAAUCUGAUUGAAACAGAGGUUAUAUUGAGUGCGCAUGAAGAAGAUGUACCGAGGACUUUGGUCGACGCAAUGGAUCAAAGCGCGCCUUCCGAGGGCCGCCAAGCCCACUCCAGUCUCCCGGGAUGGAGGCGUAUCUGUGUCUGCGGUGAACGAUACGAGGAAACAAUGGAUGUUAUGAGAUGUCGAGAGAAGGUGAUGGCUGAGGUUAGCGGUAGAGAGACACAAAAGUACUUGCUUAAGCAAUUUGGCUUGACAACCGCGGUAAUUAGCACACCGCUUAAGCAUUCAAUUGUACUCUUGAUCCUACCGUCCAGGGUUUCAACUUUACCGGCACUUUUAAACACAGUUCCUGCUCUCCCGAUGCACCCGCCAAUACCUAGACAGGUUCUUGCUAGUUACCCCUACGAUAUAUCGGAGCUUACAGGGGGGCGACUUCCAUUAUCCAAAACCCAUCUCAGUAGGGUGUCCUCUCAUCCACCUGUCACAACCCCACUAGUGACUCCUUCUGAUGACUUCAUUGCUCAUCUUCAUCCGGGAAUGUUUGCCCAGCAUCACUGGCGCCUCAGAAACCAAAACUUCGGAAUUAGAGCAUCUCUAGUUGAUCCAGAUUACACAUUUCUGACCGAAGCCAUGAUAAGAAGAAUUAGAUGGUGUGUUGAGGAGUUGGUGUUGUGGAAAGCUGUCCGAGUUGCCCGUGAAGAACUGGGGUAUGAAGAACUCAUACGCAUAGAGCAUUUCAAUAUGACUCUGUUAUCUGACAGGGAACGCGUAAACAAACCAAAAGAGAAAAUAAUCGCGGGGGAUAGUCGCAUUGACAAGCAUCUCAAGGAGAAACCGCCCCAUGGUCAAGAUACGGGGAAGAAAGCGAACGUUUUGAAAGCACGGGAGCGAAAGUAUUGGAGCAAAGCUAUCAGGCCGUCUCUAUGGCUACUGGAGGAGUUGACAUACGAGCCUUAA